AUGGAGUUGAGAGUGGGGAACCGGUACCGACUGGGCAGGAAGAUCGGGAGUGGAUCAUUCGGAGACAUUUAUCUCGGUGAGUUUAAUAAACUAACUCUAGGAUUGGUUCGGUUCUGGGUUCAUAAAUAAUGAUAUUAGAGUCACCAGCUGCGGGCUUUUCCGGGUUUAGGAGCCGAACAGGGGUGCACUCAGAAAGGGGGCCAGGGGGUGCCAUGGGCCCCACUGGAGGUCUGAUUGGCCCACCAAGGUGUCACCUCAAAAUUCUAAAGUGUGAUUGGCUGUUUUCUUCAUUAAAGGCGGGAUUUAUGUUAAAAUAAGAGUUUGAGAUAAAGAUGUCUUUGGGUUAUUUUCUUAAUCCUCUAAACUGUUUUAAUGUUGUCUUCUGUUAUAACACAGGCGUUCAGGAGAUCAUCACUAAUGACUAAUAAACAUCAUGUUUACUUUUGUAGGUCUCAGUGAAACAGCAGUGUUAAUUCAGGUUUAAUUUAAACCCUCGUUUAAAACUAAAUUAAACCGUCUGUGUGGAGGACGGUGAGUGUCAGCGUUUAGUCUGUGUCAGCGUUUAGUCUGUUUCAUCCCGGAGGUAGUUGGAUCUUUGCCUAUCAUCAUCAUCAUCAUCAUCAUGUGAAAUUUAUUGAUCUAUGAACCGGUUUAUCAAUAACAAAGUAAACUGAGAGCUGCUGUGCAACCAAACCUGUUAUUAACCAGCUGAACUAAUAUUUGAAUGAAGUCUUUUUCCAUCGCUGACCUGAACCCGGGUCUUCACUCACCAACCUGGACCAGAAUAAUCGUCUUUACUGAAAACAUCCUGUUUGAUGAUAUUAUUAUGAUAUAUUUUUACCAGCCUGCAGUCGGCCGAGGUCGAUUUUUAUCAAAGAGCUGAAAAAGUAUCGGAAAAUGUCAAAAAGAUACCGUUGUUACUAAAGUCCGACCGAUGUGGAUUUUUGGGGCCGAUGUCGAUUAUUAGGGAGGAAAAAAAACGAUUACUGAAUAAUCAGACGAUUUUUUAAAAUUUUUUAUAGAGUUUUAAAAUUUUGUUAAUUUAGGUGACAUAUCAACAUAUUAAUUUAUUUUUUUAAACUCUUCUCAGUGACGUGAACCGCAGUGAUAUUCCUCGUUUUUAUCAUGAAUCAAACUCCGAACAGAAAAGCGUUUUCAAGAUUGUCAUGAGGUCACUGUAGCGCCAUCUACAGGAUAAGUCGGGCAACUUUUCAAAUGGUGGAACAUUUUCAAAGUGAAAACGAAUUUUAUUCUCCGCAUUUUAUUUCCUGAAAAUCGUCGAGUUUUGAUCGAUUACCGAUUGAUCUCAAACGGGCUAAAAUUGGCCGAUUCAAUCGUCUCGCCGAUAAAUCGGUCGGGCUUUAAUUGUUACACAUAUUUUUAGAGAAUUUGUUACUGAAAUUGACUCUUAAUCCACCAGUCUGCAGAGAUUAGGAUAAUCUGGAUUUUUUCCAAACACGACUCUAAAAUGCUGAAAUUUGAUCCGAGUCACGACUGAAACUGGAUUAACGGUUCUAAUCUGAAUUCUGAGUUCUGGUUCUCCUUUGAACCACCAUCACUUCAUCAGUAAUCCCAGAUUACCUAGAUUACCUCUGUUGGGUUCACUUUUGCACAACUGGACUCUUUGGCAGCAGGACCGUGUGGAAAGAGUCGAUGACGGCGCCAUAAUUCCUCCUUCCUGUACCUAAAAUGACAUCAUCACCACGCUGUCUGAGAAACGCUCUUUAAUCUCGUUAAUUCAGUGGAUUAAUUUCUGAUAAAAAGUGAAACACGCCCACAGCUCGCUGGUUUACGUCUCUCCUUCCUGGUGACCCCCAGCUGAGGAGGUUGAUGAAAUGAGCUGGUCCGGAGCCUGAGGGGGGUGUGUCCAUAUUCCUGAGUGUCAUUAACAGAGAGCCUGAGGCGGCGGCGGCGGUGGCGGCCUAUCGAUCGGAGAGUUAAUACAAUAAUAGAUGAGAUAAGUGACCUCUCAGAGGAGCUGAAGGUUGGAGCGGCUCCUCCCUCUCAACACGGAUGUUUCAGGAUUUUAAAGGUUAUAAAAUUAAACGUCUUCUUCCGUUGACUCCCACCAUCUCCAUGGUUGUAAUGCGCUCCGCGGCGGCCAUGUUUGUGGUCCACAGCUCCUGGCAACAGUGUUUGAGAACAGCUGAUCACAUUUCUGAGCCGAAGACUUCAUCAUCUGGACAACAAUGGAGAGGAGCCGUGGUUAAUUCAUGAAGUCCUUUCAGCUCGAACCCUCGCUCACUGACUCACAGUUAUCACACGUCCACUCCAGAGAAAUUCAGGACGUCUCAAUCUUUCCAGAGUCGUUACUCAGACCUGGGUGACGUUUGACCUGUCGGACGAGUCACUGCGGGAUGUUUACAGGAUCCUCAGGGCGGCUGACAAAGCAAAGUCUGAUGUUUUCAUAUGUGAUCAGACGGACGCCUGAUGAAAACACGCCUGAUAAAAACACGCCUGAUAAAAACACGCCUGAUAAAAACACGCCUGAUGAAAACACGCCUGAUGAAAACACGCCUGAUAAAAACACGCCUGAUAAAAACACGCCUGCAGGAGGAGGACGAGCUGACUGGACACUCACUCUCUGUCUGAUAUCAUCGUCUUUUACUUCCUUCGUCCUCACACUCGCUCAUCGUGACUUCUGCCGACAUUUACAGGAAAAAUCGGCUUCAAACUUCGGCGUUCACACCUGAAAUAUCCUGUCAGAUCUUCAGGUUUUCUACACGUGUGAACGACGGCGUCUGCUGCUGUUAUUGUUAGACGUUUGUUCUGUCGGUGUUUUGCAUGAGGAAGAUGACGUGAUCCGAACAUCGGCAAAACAAGAAAAACUCUCCAUCUUCAUGAAAGUGUGGAGGACUUAACUGAACAUGGACUCAAAGACACAGAAGAAGAAGAAGAAGAGGACGAAGUCUGAAGUCUGCAGGAAAGAGCGACGGCCUCCUGACUGUCAGUCAUGUGAUCUCUGAGUUUACUCUGAUGUUUGUCUUUCAUCGGUGAGCUCAGAGUUUUGGUCCGACUCAAGUUCCCCGAACAGAAAAGAGGAAGUGUGUUUUUUUUUGUUGUUUUCAGCUUCCUGAGGAGGAGGAGGAGGAGGAGGAGGAGGAGGUCUGACUGCUGCUCUUCGUCUGUCUGAGGUCUCAGUUUCACCGUCCUGCUGUCUUUGGGAGAAUAAGAACAGAUGUGUGAACUCUCUGACCUCUGCACAGACGUGGUGGACUGGGUUUCCAGUCUGACCAGUUCAGAGACCAGUGACCUGUAGAGGUCAGACCUCAGUGCAGGACUUAACUUAUUUAACCGUAAACAGAGACCGGGGUUUUCAGGGUCCGCUGUGGACUUUCUCUGACAGGAUCAGCCUGGAUCUGGAGGAUCCAGAUUCACUCUGCUUCCACGGUGACCAGGUGAUCGUCACGCCCACAGAGCCGUCAGCUGUUCCCUGUGACGUAACUCUGAGGGAAACACUGAAGUUUCAGACGUUUUCAGACGUGGAACAUCCCAGAGAAAACGCUGACGGCGUGCGAUGAUGGCGGGUCAGCUGUGCCAUGAUGGCGGGUCUGUGCGAUGAUGGCGGGUCAGCUGAGCGGCUCCGUCUGUUGGGUGAUUCUGUGUUUGGUUGUUGGUCGAUGGACGGAUGAGGUCAUCUGUUGGACCGGAGCCUCGUCCUCUGUUGCCCUCAGAUCCUCACGACUGUGGAGACGUUUGUUAUCUUGUCGACUGUCGGUCCUCCUGAUCCGUUUUCUGAGGCGUGUGACGGCGUCGAAACAAGCCUCAGAUAUCCUGAUCUGUCCGUCAGCGGCGUGACCCGGGUAAAGGUCGCUCUGAUGAGUCCUGCUGGACUACAGAGGAGCAGACGGACUUCACCUUCUUCUUCACGAUGGAAAUCAAAGUUCAGACGAGUCCGAGCGGCGCUGAAAACAGACGCUUUCAAAGGCCAAUCAGAGUCUGUGGACCUGCGAAAGUCAGCUGAGUGAGCGCAGAGAUGACCGUGAAGCUCGUCUGAAGAACCGCACAGAGGUUCUGCUGACUGGAUCUGGACCGCCACCGCUGGGAUCAGCUGGGACUAGUGUUUGACGGGAUGAUGACGGUAUAAAAGUGUAGAACUGUUGCUCUACCGUUUAUACCAGAGAGAGAGAGAGAGAGAGAGAGAGAGAGAGAGAGAGAGAGAGAGAGAGAGAGAGAGAGAGAGAGAGAGAGAGAGAGAGAGAGAGAGAGAGAGAGAGAGAGAGAGAGAGAGAGAGAGAGAGAGAGAGAGAGAGAGAGAGAGAGAGAGAGAGAGAGAGAGAGAGAGAGAGAGAGAGAGAGAGAGAGAGAGAGAGAGAGAGAGAGAGAGAGAGAGACAGAGACAGAGACAGAGCAGAUGUCCUCUGAGUCAGUGUGGCGUUGUCUGCGCUCGCCAACAGGAGAGCCGGAGCGCGUCCGUUUGGGAGCGUUUCUGUGUGUCCUUCAGCGUGUUUUUUAGUUCCUGUUCACAAAUCAGAGUUUCGGAAUAAAAGAGGAAAAAGAACAAAUUUGAGAGUUUGUUUAUUUUUAAGACUUUAAUUUAAAGAGAGAAAAAAAAACUUCCUGUGAUCAUAAAUCAGGACAGAAGAGUUUGAUCGACAACAACUGAGACAGACGAGUCACUGAACAAGCUCCUCCUCCUCCUGACCAGAACUAACUGACCUGGUUCUGAAGACCAGAACCAGCUGACCUGAUUGAAGAGGCUCCCUGCUAACGAAGCGCACACACACACACACACACACACACACACAGUUUUUCAGAGUGUGUGAGUGUGUGUGUAAAAGGGUCCAACAGCCUCGGUCUGUUACCUGUCUGACUGGCCUUAUGUAACAGAGUCUUGGUGUGUGUGUGUGCGCGUGUGUGCGCUUGUGUGUGUGUGAGUGUGAGUGUGUGUGUGUGUGUGUGUGUGUGUGUGUGUGUGUGUUACAUCCUGGUAAACUCAGGUGUUGUGUGCUAACAGGGAUGGGUCGUCUUACAUAAGCGGAGGUUUAGCGCUGUUACAAUAACACAGACGUGUUCAGACCGGCGCCGACUCCCUUUACAAACCCGUGACGCCGCCACCGCCGCUCCGUCAGGCUGAUUGUGAAACUUUGUGGUUUGACGGUGUGAAGGAUGGUGGUUUUUGUUGACGUCAGCGUCCUCGCUGUCAUGGAGAAGUCUUCUCGUCGUCUCUGCAGUUUCACCUCCGACAGGAGCGCGCUCAGUCUGAGGGUCCUGGAUCAGAGGUCCUGGAUCAGAGGUCCUGGAUCAGAGGUCCUGGAUCAGAGGUCCUGGAUCAGAGGUCCUGAAUCAGAGGUCCUGCAGAGAUCAGCUCCAGUGUUGGUGCAGCAGCGUGUCACAUCUGUUAUUAAAGCCUCACAUGUGAAGGUUAAAGGUUAAAGGUUAAAGGAGAGUUCUUCUUCAGAUCUUCUCCAGAAUGAAAAUCCUUCGUUUGGUCAACAGACUGAUUUAAUAAACACCAGGAAACAUUUCAGAGAGACCGACGAGACUUUAAUAUUUAUGAAAAUAUAGAAUCAAUGUUAAUAGAAGUUUGUCUUGUUUGUCGCCACAAUAUCAGAGUUUGAAGGUGAAAAACUCAGAGAAACAAACUCCUGAGCUCUACAGAAUCAGCUGAUUCUGUUGUUUUUGAGUUUUAAAUCACCAAAACACAAACCAACAUCAGACGGUCAAAAACAAGUCUGAUCACCUCACUGAUCAUCUAAUCUGCGUCUCUCUGAUCAAUAACUCCUGUUGUCUUUAUUCAUGCAGAACGAUCUUCAGUGUUUCAGGAUCUUUGAGUUCUAGUCGACAGUUUUUGGACAGGUCCGGGUCUCAGGACCUGCAGCUGACAAACAAACACACACUUCCUCUUUCAGAUGCAAAUACGACUUUACGAGCUCUCGACAAAAACACAGAGAGAGAGAGAGAGAGCGAGAGCGAGAGCGAGAGAGAGAGAGAGAGAGAGAGAGAGGUGUGUGUGUGAAACAGAGUGUUCCAUGAACAACAGCUCCUCACUCUUCAUCUCUGAUCACCUGCUGCAGCUUCACUCUGAUCCUUUAAUAAUUAUUUAAUUAUUUAAUUAAAGUUAAAAUUAGUUUUUUUUUUUAUCACACCUGAGAUUUUUACACCAAUGAGACAAAAACAAACUCUCUGAUUUCCAUCCAGCCGAGGUGUCGCUGAAAAUAAAACUGAUCAAGUCUGUGAAUGUUCUCAAAGGAUCAAUAAGAAUCAGGUUUGAUUUCAGAUCGAUUAUAUCGAUUAUCUUUGAGUUUACAGAUUAAAACUGAAAACAGACUUUAUGAUUCAGAAUCAAAACUGACGACUGACAGAGUUUAAAAAACAAAAACAGUUAAAGACAGUAUAGAUGUUAGACAGUAUAGAUGUUAGUAUAGAUGUUAGACAGUAUAGAUGUUAGACCGUCAGCCUAAUCUGCAUAGCUGAUGUCAUCAAACCAAACCUCUCUUUGUCCAAUCAGAUCAAUCAGCCGUCAUAUUGAUCAGGUUGACGUUCUGAUCAGAAACGUCUCCUACAGUAACUUUAGUGUCUCUGAGUGACGAGUCUGAACAUGAUUCUACACAAACUAGUCCAGAUAAAGAACACACACACACACACACACACACACACACACACACACACACACACACACACAUACAGACACACACACACACACACACACACAUACACACACACACACACACACACACAAUCACACACACAUACAGACACACACACACACACACACACACAUACAGACACACACACACACACACACACACACACACACACACACACAAUCACACACACAUACAGACACACACACACACACACACACACACACACAAUCACACACACAUACAGACACACACACACACAUACACACAUACAUACACACACACACACACACACACACAUACACACACAGACACUCUCUCUCUCUCUCUCUCUCUCUCUCCAUUCGCUGCAGGAAUCUGUCCUGACCAAUCACAUUCCUGAGAGAAGGAUCUGAACUCUGCAGCUCUGACUGUUCAGACGUUUUCACUGAUCGAUCAGUUUAUUGAUAAUUGAUCGAUCUGAACUCUGCAGCUCUGACUGCUCAGACGUUUUUAUUGAUCGAUCAGUUUAUUGAUAAUUGAUUGACCCGGUGUUCAGUGUGUGUUUGUGUGUUUGUGCUGAAACUUCGAGUCGCUAUAAUUUUGAUUUAUUGAUCUCUUCCAGUCGAUCUGGAUUGAGCGGAUCAAUACCAGGUUACCAUGGUAACACUGAUCAUCUGGACUUUGGUAUCAGCAGAUCUCGUGUCUGAAUUAUAAAACAUAUCAGCUAUAAAAUGAGUCAUGUGAGCCUCGCCCUGCUGCCCCGCCCACGCCCGCCCGCUCGCUCGCUCGCCUGGAUGACAUCAUUCAGGGAAAUCAACGGCGCUCUGAUGGAGCGGCUCUCAACCCGAGACUGAACCGAGAGCAUGUGUGUGAGAAAUGGGAUUACGUAACCCGUGUGUGUGUGUGUGUGUGUGUGUGUGUGUGUGUGUGUGUGUGUGUGUGUGUGUGUGUGUGUGUGUGUGAGCGCUCUGAGGAGACCGGACCCCGCCAUGACCGUAUUUAGGAGAAAGCAGCUGGGCCCCCCCCUCGCCGUAUCCCUGCGAGACUCUCCUCAGACCGGGUCGAGGUGAUUAAAACGACAACAUCUGUGAGCAGGAAAGAGGAGCAGGGAACACUCAGUCCAGGCCCGGGUUAUUUUCCCUCUUGGCGAGCUGCGUUUAACCGCCGUUAUGUCCGUGUGUACCCAGCUGACCACACGAGUCAUGUAGACGCCGUUUUCUGUCACCCUCUGAAAUAUGCAAAUCAGCUCAUCAUCAUAUCAGUGUGGACGAACGCAUCAACACUGACUCUGGAUCAGACAGACGGUUCUGACCCGAACACUCGUCUGUCCGAUCAAAACAAAUUUAAUUUUUCAGUUUUUUAAUUUAUUUAAAAUUCAUUUUUUUAGUUUUUUUAAUGCAAAUUAAACUUUUAACCUUAAAGACGUCGAGUUUCAGACGGUUUAUUCAGUUUUAACGUUUUCUGACGUUUGUUUCACUUUAACUUUAUUUUUAACUAAAACCAUAAAAACGUCGUCGCUGCGGCGCCGCGGUCCCUCCAGUGUUCCUCUCAGGUGGUCCUCACGCGGGUCUUUACGGGUCGAGUCAACAGAACAUCUGAUCACCUGACACAGAAGAAACUGGCUCUGAGCUUCACCGGGGUGGAGGGACAUCUAUGUGAUCUGUGUCUACGCUGCUCACCUGUCCGUUCUUCUUCUGCAGGUACGGACAUCUCUGUCGGAGAGGAGGUCGCCAUCAAGUUGGAAUGCGUGAAGACGAAACACCCGCAGCUCCACAUAGAGAGCAAGAUCUACAAGAUGAUGCAGGGCGGAGGUAAGAUCUUCACCAAACGAUGACUCUGAACGUUUCUGUUUCAUCUGUGAAACUCGGGGAAACGGCGUCCGGCAGGAGAAGAGCGAUGAAGUCCUCAGGUGACCGAGGUCGACCUCGAGGAGAGUUAGAGGAGAACAAACAUCAGAGAGUCGAUUAGAAACAGGAAGUCCAGGUCUGUGCGACCUUUGACCCCUUUAUUCUGAUGACUCAGCAGAGUAGAUGUCUCAGAGUAUAGACGUCAACACACUAGAUCUGAACACAGUCUUUGACUAACAUGAUCCAGAGUCUGUAAGUGAACCGACGAGCUUUAAAUACAGAGAACCUGUCCCCCCAUGUCAGGACGGGGGGCACUGCUGUCCAGACCCAAAAUAAAGAGUCCUGAAGGGUCCUGAAGGGUCCUGAGGGGUCCUGAGGGGUCCUGCAGGGUCCUGAAGGGUCCUGCAGAGUCCUGAAGGGUCCUAAAGGGUCCUGAAGGGUCCUAAAGGUACCUGAGGGGUCAGAGGUUUGAGGACCUGCAGGAGGGAAACUGAAGACCUUAGAGGAGAGAUCAGACCAGCUCCUCUUCAACACGAGGAAACGUUCAUUAACUCUGUUUGAUAUCCACCUGUGGAGCAGACUGAGCGCGCUCAGACUCGACUCUGUCAGCACACACACACGCACACACACAGACACACACACAGACACACACACACACACACAGAGCAGAGGAGGAUUUAUGAGGGCACAGAGGCCGACCCAGACCGGAGGACAUAUUUGAGUUUGGAUGUAUAUAAAUAGCUGAUGCAGAGAGUGUGUGUGUGUGUGUGUGUGUGUGUGUGUGUGUGUGUGUGUGUGUGUGUGUGUGUGUGUGUGUGUGUGUGUGUGUGUGUGUGUGUGUGCAGAGCGAGGUGCUGAGCAGCAGCUUUUUGUCGCCGUCUGCCUGUAGAAGGAAAUGCCAGAUGGCCUCUUCGCCACGGCAACGUCAGCCAAUUACCAGCUACAACUAAACCAGCUGGCCUCUGUGUGUGUGUGUGUGUGUGUGUGUGCGUGCGCAGACUUGAUCCAUUUCUGUUCUCGACUGACGAGUUACACAAGAGACGAGACGAAGCAGAAAGUUUUUCUCUGAAGUGGAAAAGUUUGAUCGCUGCUUCAAAAAGAGUUUAAAGAAGUUUUAAAAAAGUUUUAAAAAGUUUUUAAAAGUUUAAAAAGUUUUAAAAAGUUUAAACUAAUUUAUGAAAAAGUUCCUGAAAAUCCGAAGGUGAAACUGGAGCGUAGAAGAAAACAGAUCUCUGUGUGAGACGAUCAGAAGUUUGAGACGUUUGUUUGUUCUUCGUCUUCAUCAUUAACAAAGUAAAACUGACGAGUCCUUUCAAAAUAAAAGUCCUGUGAUCCAAUCAUCGUUAAUUAUGGGUCAGUGUGGAAAUCUUAACGAGGGUUACCCCCGAUCUCCACCGCAUCCCGAACAGCUACGAAAGAUCGUAAACGCUGAUCGAAGCCGAACAAAAAACAGACCGUCAAAACGACAGUAAGAGGUCAAAGUUAAUCGUAUCAGAGACUGGAGGCGGGAUCUUGAGCGGGUCAGACUGAUGUUUGUGUAGGAGUUAAACCCCGCCCCCUGAAUCGCUCUGAUCUCUCUCUCUCUGACUAACCUCUCCUCCUCUCGUUUCCUGUAGUCGGUAUUCCUACGAUAAAGUGGUGCGGCGCCGAGGGCGACUAUAACGUGAUGGUGAUGGAGCUGCUGGGCCCGAGUCUGGAGGAUCUCUUCAACUUCUGCUCCCGCAAGUUCAGCCUGAAGACGGUUCUGCUGCUGGCCGACCAGAUGGUGGGAGACAUCAGGAGGAGGAGGAGGAGUGGUUUUAAAUCUGACUUCCUGUGAAUGAAACUCUACCUUCCUGUCGUUCCCUCACAGAUCAGCCGGAUCGAGUACAUCCACUCCAAGAACUUCAUCCACAGAGACGUGAAGCCCGACAACUUCCUGAUGGGACUCGGCAAAAAAGGGAACCUGGUUUACAUCAUCGACUUCGGCCUGGCCAAGAAAUACCGCGACGCCCGAACGCACCAGCACAUCCCCUACCGCGAGAACAAGAACCUGACCGGCACCGCCCGCUACGCCUCCAUCAACACACAUCUGGGCAUCGGUAAGACCUCCUCCUAACCCUGACCCGCGCCGUACGACGGCGUGGACAGACUCCUCCUCCUCCUCCUCCUAACCCUGACCCGCACCGUACGACGGCGUGGACAGACUCCUCCUCCUCCUGACUCUGUCCUCUCUGCGUCCACAGAACAGUCCCGGCGAGACGACCUGGAGUCUCUGGGAUACGUCCUCAUGUACUUCAACCUGGGCUCGCUGCCCUGGCAGGGUCUCAAGGCCGCCACCAAGAGGCAGAAGUACGAACGCAUCAGCGAGAAGAAGAUGUCCACGCCCAUCGAGGUCCUCUGCAAAGGAUACCCCUGUACGUCUGACUCAGUCGACUUUAAAACUUCAACUCUUUAACUCUUUAACUCUUUAACACUUUAACUCUCUAACUCUUUAACACUUUAACUCUUUAACUCUUUAACACUAUAACACUUUAACACUUUAACUCUUUAACACUUUAACUCUUUAACACUUUAACUCUUUAACACUAACACUUUAACUCUUUAAUACUUUAACUCUUUAACACUAACACUUUAACUCUUUAACACUUAAACUCUUUAACACUUUAACUCUAACACUUUAACUCUUUAACACUAACACUUUAACUCUUUAACACUUUAACUCUUUAACUCUUUAAAACUUUAACUCUUUAACACUUUAACUCUUUAACUCUUUAAGACUAACUCUUUAAGACUUUAACUCUUUAACUCUUUAAGACUUUAACUCUUUAACUGUUUAACACUUUAACUCUUCAACACUUCAACACUUUAACUCUUUAACUCUUUAACUUUUUAACACUUUAACACUUUAACUCUUUAACACUUCAACACUUCAACACUUUAACACUAACUCUUUAACACUUCAACACUUUAACUCUUUAACUCUAACUCUUUCACACUUUAACUCUUUAACACUUCAACACUUUAACUCUUUAACACUUUAAAGUGUUAAAGUGUUAAAGAGUUAAAGAGUUAAAGUGUUAGAGUUAAAGUGUUAAAGAGUUAAAGUGUUAAAGAGUUAAAGUGUUAAAGAGUUAAAGUGUUAAAGUGUUAAAGAGUUAAAGUGUUAAAGAGUUAAAGAGUUAAAGUGUUAGAGUUAAAGUGUUAAAGAGUUAGUGUUAAAGAGUUAAAGUGUUAAAGAGUUAAAGUGUUAAAGAGUUAAAGUGUUAAAGAGUUAAAGAGUUAAAGUGUUAAAGAGUUAAAGUGUUAAAGUGUUAAAGAGUUAAAGAGUUAAAGUGUUAGAGUUAACUCUUUAACACUUUAACUCUUCAACACUUUAAGUCUUUAACACUUUAAGUCUUUAACUCUUUUAUUUCAUAUUUAAAACCUUUAAUACAAAGAAGGAAAAACGUCAAACAUGAGAAUAAAAAAGGAGCAGAAAGAAGAAAAUUAACUAAAUAAAAUAAAGAGGAGCUGCAGACAAACACAGUUUUUAUUGUUUCUGAUCAAAAACAAACUUUAGUUCCUGUUUUUACACUAAAUAAAAACUUCUUUAAACAUAUUUCUCUGUUUUUACUCGACAGACUGACUUUUUAAACUUCUGUUAAAGAUUAAAUUUAAUUUAGUCUCUUUAUCUUCUUUAGUUUCUUUAGUUUCUUUGUUCAGAUCGUUCCUCAAACCUCCUCCUCUCUCUCUCUCUCUCUCUCUCUCUCUCUCUCUCUCUCUCUCUCUCUCUCUCUCUCUCUCUCUCUCUCUCUCUCUCUCUCUCUCUCUCUCUCUCUCUCUCUCUCUCUCUCUCUCUCUCUCUCUCUCUCUCUCUCUCUCUCUCUCUCUCUCUCUCUCUCUGUAACUCGGCGCUCCGUCUCUUUAGUUCUCAGUCUUUUUAAAUAUUUUAAAUUAGAAUAAAAUUUUCUUUUUUCUGGAUGUUAAAAUUUUCCUUUGAGUUUGAAAUCGAAUCAACAAACUGAAAUCUACAAACUCAUUAAAUUCCAACAAACUUUAACAGAGACUGAGUUUAAAGGACCUCUGAUUAUUCUGUUAAAGGGACAGUUCAACCUGUUUUAGUAGAUGUGGAUUAGUCGGACUCCUUCAGGACCCAGACCCAGACUUUGUUUAGACUCGGGUCAGAAACGGGCCGAGCAGGAAGAUCAGAACUGCGGUGAUUUCCUCUCUUCACUGUUCGGAUCCAUUUUAAGGUCCUUUUAUUUGUUUUUAAGUCUCUGAAUGACCCAGAAUCUCUGACCUCGUUAAACCGGGUCAGUCCUCCAGAGUCCUGAGGUCAGCUGAUCAGGAGGUUUUAGUCCUUUUUCAGAUCUAGAUGGAGGAUUUUCUGUGGUAGCUCCAACUCUGUGGAGCGUUUUAACCUUCUGAAGACUCACCUGAUGACUUCAGCGUCACAGGAAGUCGAGCUGCUGCUGCUGCUGUUGUUGUUGUUGUUGUUGUUGUUGUUGUUGUUUUAUUCAUGGACUGUGUUUAUGUUUAUAGUUUUUUCUUGUUUUGACUGUGAACCCCUCCGCUCGGUCACUGUCUCACUGUCACUGUCUGUUUCAUAAAUAAAGCUGACAUCGAUGUCGACAUUGACGUUUGUCUUCUCUCCGCCCCCACAGCCGAGUUCGCCACCUACCUGAACUUCUGCCGCUCUCUGAGGUUCGACGACAAACCCGACUACUCGUACCUGCGGCAGCUCUUCAGGAACCUCUUCCACAGACAGGGCUUCUCCUACGACUACGUCUUCGACUGGAACAUGCUCAAAUUCGUGAGUUCCAUUCAGAGGGGCGGAGUCUGGCAGGAGAGGCGGGGUUUAAGAGUUCUGUAGUCUUCAGCUAAAGGAGACGAUCCUGUUCAGAGUAAAACCUGAUCUGGACCCUGAUCGGGGGGCAGACCGGGUCGACUCGGUUCAGCAGAUCUGACCUCCUCAUGUGAACCAUGGCUGACCUUUGACCUUUGGCGUGUUCUUUGUGUUUGUCAGGGCGCCAACAGAGCCGUGGAGGACGCCGACCGGGAACGCCGUGACCGCGAGGAGAGGCUGAGGCACUGCAGGAACCCCGGGGCCAGGGGGAUGGCCUCGGCCUCAGGGAGAGCCAGGGCCGCUCAGGACGUCGCCGCCCCCUCCCCGCUCAACCCCACCUCACACACAGGUCUGUGCACGCUCACACACACACACACACACGUGCACACUCACGUGUCUCUAACCUCCUUAAAUCUCACCCGCAGGUUUGGAGAAGGAGAGGAAGGUCAGCAUGCGUCUCCAUCGUGGGGCGCCGGUCAACAUCUCCUCCUCAGACCUGACGGGGCGCCAGGACACCUCCCGCAUGUCCUCACAGGUAACACACACACACACACGCACACACACACACAGACACAGACACACACACACACACACACACACACACACACACACACACACACACACACACACAGACUCUCUUCAUCAGUGAAACAGAAUCAGGAGAAAAUCACUGACAGUUUCUUUAUUUUUGUUCUGAGAUGACAUUUUUCCUCGUUUGUUUGUUUUUCAGUUUGUUCUUUAAAAAAGGGAAACGUAGAGAAACUGUCCGUCUCUCCGUCACGUUCAGAUCAGUUUCAGGAAACUAAACCAAACACUUCCUGUUUCCCUGUUCCCCUUUUUUCUGUCAGAGAAAAUAAACGAUUUUAUAAAAUAUCAACGACGACGAGGAGGAGGAUCUUUGUCUGAGGAGCUUUAAAACAUCGAAGUUAAGAGAGCUGAAAGAAGACGUGAGAGAAAAUUAAACUGACAUUAAAUAUUUACAUCAAAACAGAUUUAAUUGUUUUUAUUCAUGUAAAUAUUCAGAGUUUAAAAAUAUCCUGAAUAAACUCAAACUUCUAAUAACUGAGUGAGUUUGUCUCCUGAUCCUCUGGAGAAGAUCUCCUGUCAGCAGAAUCAUUUUAGUUUUAAGUUAAAAUAAAAUUAAAAUCUCUUUGAGUCGGACCGCUCCUCAUCCUCCUGACUUAUCAAACUUACAAAAAUGAACGUUCAACAGAAUCAUUUUAGUUUUAAAUAAAGUUAAAAUAAAUUAAAGUGUAAAAAGAUAAAGUCUCCGGACCGCUCCUGUUUCUUCAGCUCUUUGUUCUCCUGAAGGUCAGUGGCGUCCUCUGGAGGUCAGACGGUGAACUGCAGCCAAAGUCUGUCCAAGUUUGAUCUGUGUGUUUGAUUGAUUUUAGAAUCAUUGAUCAAAUCGAUCAGGAUCAGGUCUUAUUAAGUUUUUCCUGAUUUCAUAGUUGUUAAAUAAACUGAUGUCAGUGUGAAACUCGAACCCUGAUGAAUAAUUUUUAUUUAUUUACACGUUUUAAUAAAAAUAACUGAAAAUCACUGACUGUGGCUUUAGUUAAAUCUUCUGUCGUCUGUUUUUUUUUCUUUCAGGAAGUUCAUUAAAAAACAUGUUUUAACAAAUUAAAGUUUAAAGAAAAAAAAAGUUCUGUUUGAGAUUCUCUGUCGUGGUUCAUGUGGACUAAACCAGACCUGGUCUCAGGUCUCACUGCUGUAUGGGUCUCAGGAGGUUCUGAUGGAUCUAAAGGUUCCUCCUGUUGACACUGAGGGUCUAAACCCUGAUCCUGGACUCAGACUCGAACCCUGAUCCUGGACUCAGACUCGAACCCUGAUCCUGGACUCAGACUCGAACCCUGAUCCUGGACUCAGACUCGAACCCUGAUCCUGGUCUUGGACUCGAACCCUGAUCCUGGUCUCUGGUUUUCUGUCUCUCCAGGCUUUAUCCAGAGUCACACCCAGCGGCCUCCAGUCUGCAGCUCCACGGUGA